AUGGCGGAUGAACUCCCGUUAUGGUUUCCACCCAUGAGUAGCGACGAUUCAUCCGAUAGUAGCAUUCUUUUUUUUCAAAAUCUCAUCGAAGAAGCCGAACUUCAAGACACGGGCACAUCUAACCGAAGGAGAUAUAUUGAACGUCAACGUGAGGAGGGGCAUCAGACACUCAUGGCGGAUUAUUUUGUCGAAGACCCGAAGUACAAUGAAGAUAUCUUUCGACAUAGGUUCCAUAUGUCGAAACGUUUGUUUCUAAAAAUUAUGGCCGACGUGGAAGACAACGACCCGUGGUUUGAAGAUGCCCCCAAUGCGCGAGGUAGGAAGGGGUUUACGCCAUUGCAAAAGGUGACAUCGGCUAUUAAACAGCUCGCAACUGGUAACACUCCAGACGAGAAUGACGAGUACUUGCAUAUGGCCGAAAGAACUUCCCGCGAGUGCCUAGAAUAUUUUUGCGACAUGGUUUGCAAAAUAUACGGUCCCGAGUUCUUACGUAGACCGACAAGCCACGACAUGGCACUUUUAUACCAAGCUCAUGAGGAAAAACAUCACCUUCCAGGUAUGUUUGGUAGCCUUGAUUGCACCCAUUUCUUUUGGCGAUUUUGUCCGACAGAGUAUCGAGGACAAUAUAUGCGAGGUGAUCACCGAUACCCGACUGUUAUGCUUGAAGCAAUUGCUUCUCAAGACUUACGGUUUUGGCAUGCUUUUGCCGGUCCACCGGGUUCUCAAAACGAUAUCAAUGUGCUACAACAAUCUCCGUUAUUUUUAAUGGAACGAAAUGGAACCGCGCCAAAAUGUCCAUUUUACGUUAACAACCAUUUAUACAAACGUGGUUAUUUGCUCGUGGAUGGAAUCUACCCUUCGUGGUCCGUGUUUGUGAAGUCGAUCCCUUACCCUCACGAAGUAGACCAAAAUAAAUUCAAGAGGCAACAUGAGGCGGCAAGAAAAGAUGUCGAACGGGCUUUUGGUGUUUUGAAGGCGAAAUGGGGUGUAUUGAGUCGACCGAUGCGAGCAAGAUCCGUUAAAAAAAUUAGGAGUGUUGUGUAUACGUGUGUUAUUUUACACAACAUGAUUUUGAAAGAUGAAGGAAAGGCGAUAGCACCGGUGCACAUUCGGGAUCCUCCGGUCGAGCCCGCUCUAGACGAUACGGUGUUGGGCGAGUUGAUGGAUGAAGACACGCAUUGGAGACUAAAACACGAUAUCAUAGAUUAUCUCGCAAGUCAAGCUUUACCCCAUCUUUUGGUCGAUUCCGACGAAGACUAG